AGCUCGAUGAUGUCAGACCGCGCUGAGCACUGAGCUUAACGAAAUCGGAGGCUCCGCGACUGUCUGCCCUAUAAAACGCGGGCGGUUCACGCCCUAGUUUAAAACAUUUUCUAGUCGUGGUAAGAAAUAACAACAAUGGACAGCGAUGACGACAACAUUGAGGAGGUUGUAGAGGGUAUGUUAGUUUUUCUUUAUCUUAUCAGAUAGACAUAGUGGGGUGUUAUAGCCUAUUGGAGUUCAGCCUGGAGGCUAACGGGCGAUACAAACACUCGGCAGAUUGUCAUCAUAUAGCCUAUUUCAUAGCAGUACGAAUUGACGUUCGGCUGUUAGGGCCCUGGCAUGUGCCUCUUCCAACACCCGUUGUCUAUUUUCGAAGAAAACCUGCUGGCGCUGCAUUCCGAGCAGACAGACUGCUUGGGUGGACUGUCGGCCUCUCGCUGUAUUCGCAAUCUAAAAAGCUCUUUUCCUGUUUAAAUUCGUUGCUAAUGCAUGUAGCCUUUUGUUGUUACAUCGUACAGCCACUUUGUUGCCAAAAUAUUGAUCUGCUGCAAGUCAUUCUUUCACACAGAAAGUAAAGCGCAACUUUGUAUCAUACAUACAACGGGACUGAUUCCUAUGUUGACAUCUAAAGUUUGAGAACACUGUUUGCUGCUAACCACGUUUUGGUAUGAUUAUAAAACAUGAUAGAAACAAAGAUUUUUUAGAAAUACGAAAUAAAAACAGCUGUGCCGUAUACAUCAUUUUAUAAUUGACAGGCGACUAUGUGAGAAGUUAUGUGUAAGUUAGCUUACUCAAUAGUCAGGGCGGCGUGUUUCUCAACACACGUGUAGACUGCCUCGCCCUCGUGUCAUAGGCAUUUUGAUUUCAGGAAGAAUAUGAGUCAUAAUGAAAAUCGAUCUAUCAGCUGGUUCUGGGACAAUAGCCUACAGACUGCAGGUGUACCCGGUCAACUACGAAACCUCUUACUAGGCCUGAUAUUCAGACUGAUACUCCGCUCCACAAAGAAACUGAUGGUAUGAGGUAGUGUUGCUGAUUUGGUGUUGCUCCUUUUGAUAUGAUCCAUUUUGACAUACGAAACCUCUGAGUGUGGUGAAUAUGUUGCUCCACUGGUAUUGGCUGUUGGCUAUAGAUCUGCUGGGUCUGAAUGUAGGCUACAUUCACAAAACAAGGCCCCUUGGAUGAGAAUGACCAACCACAUGGAUUCUGCAUGGUCACCUACUCCUCCAGUGAUCGCUUUGAGGGACACUUUGUCCAUGGAGAUAAGAAUGGAAAAGGGAAAUUCUUCUUUUUCGAUGGGAGCACGUUGGAGGGCUACUACAUGGAUGAUGCUCUUCAGGGCCAGGGUGUGUAUCGGUACGAGGACGGCGGGGCUCUGCACGGGACCUAUGUGGACGGGGAGCUGAAUGGCCCAGCGCAGGAGUACGACCAGGAUGGGCAGCUCAUCUUCAAGGGCCAGUACAAAGACAACAUGCGCUGUGGCCUGUGCUGGUUCUACUACUCUGACCGGGGUUGUGUGGUGGGAGAGGUGAACGAUGAGGGCGAAAUGACGGGGAAGCAGGUGGCGUACGUGUACCCAGACGGCAACAUGGCUCUGCUGGGCAGCUUUGUGGACGGGGAGCUGAUCGAGGCUCGGCUCGCCCGUCUGACUGUGCAAGAGAGCGGCCGACCACGCUUUGAAAUAGUAGAUGACCGAACUGUUUACUCUUAUGACAAAUCCACUUCUACCUGCAUUGCUAACCACAGACUUCUCCCUGAUCCAUAUGAGAGCCAACAUGUGUAUGUAGGACAGUCACUGAUCUCAGGAGCAGGUGAAGGUCUGUUUACCAAGAUGGAUGCUGAUCCAGACACUGUCAUGGCCUUUUAUAAUGGAGUUCGCAUAACACACUCUGAGGUGGACAGUCGUGAUUGGUCGGUGAAUGGUAACACUAUCUCUCUGGAUGAGGACACAGUCAUCGAUGUUCCUGGGCCCUUUAAUCAGACGGACAAAUACUGCGCCUCGCUCGGUCACAAGGCCAACCAUUCCUUCACCCCCAACUGCAAAUAUGACCCAUUUAUGCAUCCUCGCUUCGGCCUCAUCAAAUGCAUUCGGACAAUCCGGGCUGUGCAGAAAGACGAGGAGCUCACUGUUGCCUACGGCUAUGACCAUGAGCCUUCUGGGAAAUCUGAGCUGCCGGCGCCGGAGUGGUACAUCAAGGAACUCCAGGAGUUCCAGGAGCGGAAUGGCGAAGUGCCGGCGGGCAUGAAAGCAUGCUAAUGACACUAGCCACUCUGUGUGCGCCUUACCUGCCCCCUUUCAGUUGCCACCUCACCCCUUACACUUAACUCGGCAGAUUUUCCUGGGUCCACACACCUGAUGUUCUGCCUCUUCACCCAUGUCUGUCUCUCGCUAUCUCGCUCAGCUGUUACCCACAGCCCAGGCACAUUCCUGUGUGGGCUCAUCCUGGCUUUGCACCCUCCCAGACUUGCUAGUAGUUGACGGCUACAAUGUUACAAUACCCUACUCCUGUCCCCUCACCCCAACCCACCCUAGACCAGUAUCCCUCCCUGUUGUCACCUAUUCUGUAGCAAUCGCCUGAAUGUAACCUGGUCCCCAGCAACACCCCCACCCCCUUUCUCCUCUAUCCUACCAAUUGGUCCAAUAUAACCUUGUUUGCUGUCUCCGUGCAAGUGAAGUCAUCAGUUGCUCCAGCUUUUUCACAGUGAAGCCCAUGAUGUCUGGAGCCACUUGUGAGUGAAACAGUGGUGUUUACAGGGACAUUGCAGGAAGCCUUGAAGAUCAGCACAAUACUGUGGCUACAGUCAGCCACUGAACAUCACACACACACCCACAUGCACACUAGCCCCAGAGGAACUAUGCACACAUCGUCCAACCAGGUGCUCUGCAUCCUAUACAGAUCUGUGCUUGGAUCAUACUUCCGCAUCAGUGCUGUGAUCAUGACAGUGGGAUGAAAUGGACUGUUUUGUGAUGGAUUGAAUCACUCAAGGCUUCCACUGAAUACUAAAGGAACUAACUAAAAUAUAAACCUGGGAGAAGUCUGCUCAGGUCUGUGCAAGCGGGAGUUUUCUUGUUACUUUUUUUAUUUAUAGUACAGCGAGUUGUACUCUAUCACUCCCUUAGACAGACUUGUUUCACUGGAGCUACAGUAAUACAACCAUUAGUAUUAUUUGUUACAUUAUUUUUCUCUUUGCCUUGUAUUAUUAAUAUACCAUUUCUCUGCUUACUGACAUGUUACUGAUUAUGAAUGGAGGACCAUUUACAAGUGUGUGAGUGUGAGAGUGGUAUGCCUGAAUGUGCAAGCGGUAACAACUGGAGUACAUUGUUCAGAGUGUGGGUAAUAGCAAGUGUUGACGUUUUCUGCUGUAAUCCAGACCAUACUGAAUAAAAAAAGUUACC